AUGGAUAAGUCAUGGAUAACAAAAUCUCGUUUGACUCAAGAUUAUAGAAUUGGAGUCAAGGGGUUUUUAGAUUUUGCCUUUGGGAAAAUCAAGGCAGACAUGUUGAAAUGUCAAUGCCAACGUUGUUGUCUUGCCAAAUUCAAGUCCAGAGUUGAGAUUGAAGGUGAUCUGAUGUGUCAUGGUUUUCUCUGCACGUAUACAAACUGGGAUCUACACGGUGAAGACUUAGAGGACACUCAACAAGCUUUUAGUUUAGAUCAUCAACCAAAUGUCGAUCAGAGUGAUAGCUCGACCUUCAUUGAUAGCUCGACCUUCAAUUUACUAGCUGAUAUUUUCCCAAGUAUGAAGUCAGACCCUCCUAACAUGGAUUCAGACCCUCCUAACAUAGAUCAACAUGUGCAUCUCUAUUUUGGUAAAUGGCUGAAAAGAAGGAUUGAGAAAAAUGAUAAAAGGUUUAUUUAG